AUGUGUAGGGAUGAGAAGGAGACUCCGCCCAAGGUGGGGUAUGUGUACACUACCACGGGUGAGGAGGAGACUCCGCCCAAGGAGACUCCGCCCAAGGCGGGGUAUGUAUACACUACCACGGGUGAGGAGGAGACUUCGCCCAAGGUGGGGUAUGUGUACACUACCACGGGUGAGGAGGAGACUCCGCCCAAGGUGGGGUAUGUAUACACUACCACGGGUGAGGAGGAGACUCCGCCCAAGGUGGGGUAUGUGUACACUACCACGGGUGAGGAGGAGACUCCGCCCAAGGAGACUCCGCCCAAGGUGGGGUAUGUGUACACUACCACGGGUGAGGAGGAGACUCCGCCCAAGGUGGGGUAUGUGUACACUACCACGGGUGAGGAGGAGACUCCGCCCAAGGUGGGGUAUGUGUACACUACCACGGGUGAGGAGGAGACUCCGCCCAAGGUGGGAUAUGUAUACACUACCACGGGUGAGGAGGAGACUCCGCCCAAGGUGGGGUAUGUAUACACUACCACGGGUGAGGAGGAGACUCCGCCCAAGGUGGGGUAUGUAUACACUACCACGGGUGAGGAGGAGACUCCGCCCAAGGUGGGAUAUGUAUACACUACCACGGGUGAGGAGGAGACUCCGCCCAAGGUGGGGUAUGUAUACACUACCACGGGUGAGGAGGAGACUCCGCCCAAGGUGGGGUAUGUAUACACUACCACGGGUGAGGAGGAGACUCCGCCCAAGGUGGGGUAUGUGUAUACUACCAAGGGUGAGGAGGAGACUCCGCCCAAGGUGGGGUAUGUAAAUACUACCAUGGGUGAGGAGGAGACUACGGCCAAGGUGGGGUAUGUGUAUACUACCACGGGUGAAACCAUGUCUUUGUCUAAUGCAGCUGUAUUGACCCUCUGGGCAGAAUAA